AGCCUAAACUCACUCUGAGAUGGAUCAACACCAGGACUCCGCCCCCAGCCUAGAUGGCCAAGCCCCCAGUUCAACUCCGGGGAGAGUGUGGGUGUGGCCCCGGCCGUAAAGGAGGUGGAACAGGAAGUGAAGAAGAACGGGAUGCCAGACUCACAUGUCAAAGUACCUGGAGGGGAGGCCGCUGCAGGUGAAGCCAAGGCUGCAGCAGGAGCGGGGAAGACUGCCGACAAGAACACCAAGAGCCCCUUGCCCCACGCUGGCAAGGCCACGGUCUCUAAGCGACCAGCGCCGGUCCAGCCCAGCCCCUCCCGCCUCCCCCUCUCGUCCUCCUCCCCCCUGCCCCCCUCCUCCAGGCCCAGCCCCCUAGCUAGACCAGGCAGCACAGGGGCCAAGGAGCGCAGUCCUAGGUCUGGGGAAGGAAAGACCUCCAGGGCACCAGGGGGCGCCAGACCUGGAGGAGCAGGCUCCCGCAUGCAGGCAAAGACCGCUGCAGGAGUGGACCCUCCCCAGUCUGGAGAGAGGAGUGGCUCCAGCACACCUCGCUCGCCCGCCAGCCGCUCCAACACUCCCAACCGUGACGUCAAGAAGGUGGCGGUGGUCCGCACCCCCCCCAAGUCCCCCGGGUCCAUGAGGGGGCGCCCCGCGGCCCCCCUGACCCCCGCGCCCCCCAUGCCAGACCUGAAGAACGUCAGGUCCAAGAUCGGCUCCACAGAGAACAUCAAGUACCAGCCUGGCGGAGGACGGGUGCAGAUUGUGGAGAAGAAGAUGGAUCUCAGUAGCGUCCAGUCAAAGUGCGGCUCUAAAGCCAACAUGAAACACACCCCAGGAGGAGGGAACAUCCAGAUCACCCACAAGAAGAUCGACCUCAGCAAUGUCACGUCCAAGUGUGGCUCCAAGGACAACAUCCGUUACAAACCAGGGGGAGGUAAUGUGGAGAUCAAGUCAGAGAAGCUGGACUUUAAGGUCCAGUCCAAGGUGGGCUCUCUGGAAAAUGUAGGUCAUGUGGCUGGAGGAGGGGCCAAGAAGAUUGAGAGCCACAAGCUGAGUUUCCGUGAGCAGGCGAAAGCGAGGACCGACCACGGCGCCGAGAUCGCCGAGAUCCCCUGCAAGUCCUCCGCCGACGGCUCGCCCCGUCACCUUAGCAACGUCUCCUCCCCCGGCAGCAUCAACAUGACCGAGACACCACCCUUAUCCUCAUUGGCCGACCAGGUCUCCGCCUCCCUCGCCAAGCAGGGCCUGUGAUGGGGCUCUCCUCCCCUAAGCCGAUCACCGCGGUAACCCCGCCGUCUGAUCCCAAGGGAAAUGAAAGAAAAAUGAUCUCUGUCUCUCUCUCCUCCCCCCUUUCUACGUAGCUCGCAGGAUUGACUGGCCAGGAACGCAGGUGCCAGCGGCUGGCUCCUGAUUGGUUAAUAGCUAGCUAGCUAGAUAGUUUGACAGUGAAACAGCAGUAUUGUGAAGAUGCUGUUAUCAACACACGGACUCUCCAAUCUAUUCUUACCUUAAUUGGUUAACUUCAGUUCCCACUGUAAACCUUAGUACAGACAGCUAGCACCAGCUAGGACGACCCCCCCCCCCCCCCCCCCCCCCCCCCCCCCCCCCAUAUCCAAGUCUUGGUUCACCUGUGGUACUCAGCACUCCCACGAGACAUCCCGUUCUGUAUUACACUGUUUAACCGGGUCAAGUGCCAAAUAGUUCAUUGUUACUGUGUGUACAUCGUUCCUCUUACUGGCCAUCUCAACAACAACUUCUUUCUGUGUUGGUCACCCAUCAUCCUAUCCUGCUACUUCAGAAAUUAGCGAAGAUAAUAUUUAUUCGCUUUAGAAUUCCAGUGUUGUCUUGGCUACAGACCAGUGAGGUAGUGCUAAUGUCCUCCAGUCAGUAUUAAAUCUAAUCUUUUCU